AAAAAGUUCUCUCAGAUAACUUAUUCUUCGUAUAAAACAGCCAGCAGCUUGUUCGUUACUUGAAGAUCGAUCUGCACAGUGAAAGGGUUGGACGUUUAGAGAAGUGUAUCUAUAAUUAUCAGCAAAGACACUCGGAAAUCGAAAGAUGGCUCGUUUAAUGAUGCUUGUAUUGUGCAGCCUUGUAUUUGCCGUAGCGCUCAGCGACGCCUACAGAAAGCAGCAGCCUUCCGUCCCGGUGGCCCAUCAUCAUGAAGCUCCCGUGAAGUAUUCUCAUCCGGAACCGUCGCACGUACAUCACAAGGUGCAGCCCAAGGAGCACCACACGGCCGGUUAUCAUCAUCGGCCCCUGGCGGAGACCCACCACAAAGUCCCAGAGAAGCACGUCCACCCCGUCCCGUCCCAUCAACCCGCGAAAGGAAAGCACUAUUAGCCCGAAAUGGAACACUUUUAACUACUGAACGACGGUUUGCUGACCAGGAAAACAUUGCCCGAUGGGAGACGGACACACGGAAUUAGGCGUAUAAUUUAUGUUUGAUGUUUGUUUUUGUGUUUAUGUGAAAAAUAAAAAAAGGCAGUUAUCGAUUGCUAAACUCUUA